CGCGUGGAAGCCUCCGACCACCGGGCUAUAAAUAUGCACUCCGACCGUUUGAGUAAAUGUGUGCAAGAGUUCCGGGAAUUAGAUACGGACAUACAAAGAGACAAGCCAAAGGUCUUGACCUUUUGCUUUGCUUCAAUCAAACUAGAUCUAGGGCUACCAUUCUUGUCGAGUUUCCAUACCUCUGGUAAUUAAAAAAUUCCUCUCUGAUCUGCAGCUUGAGAAAAUGGAGACCUUCCUAUUCACAUCCGAGUCUGUGAACGAGGGACACCCUGACAAGCUCUGCGAUCAGAUUUCUGAUGCAGUGCUCGAUGCCUGCCUUGAACAAGAUCCUGAUAGCAGGGUUGCAUGUGAGACUUGUACGAAGACCAACUUGGUGAUGGUCUUUGGAGAGAUCACUACCAAAGCCAAAGUUGACUAUGAGAAGAUUGUGCGAGACACCUGCCGUAACAUUGGAUUUGUUUCAGACGAUGUGGGCCUUGAUGCUGACAACUGCAAGGUUCUUGUUAACAUUGAACAGCAGAGCCCUGAUAUUGCACAAGGUGUCCAUGGCCAUCUCACCAGGCGACCUGAGGAGAUUGGUGCUGGUGACCAAGGUCACAUGUUUGGUUAUGCCACCGAUGAGACCCCUGAGUUGAUGCCCCUUAGCCAUGUUCUUGCUACCAAACUUGGUGCUCGUCUCACCGAAGUCCGCAAGAAUGGUACCUGCUCAUGGUUGAGACCUGAUGGCAAAACUCAAGUAACCGUAGAAUACUACAAUGAAAACGGGGCAAGGGUUCCUGUCCGCGUCCACACGGUUCUCAUUUCUACUCAGCAUGAUGAAACUGUUACUAACGAUGAGAUUGCUGCUGACCUCAAAGAGCAUGUUAUCAAGCCUGUGAUCCCUGAGAAAUACCUAGAUGAGAAGACCAUUUUCCAUCUUAACCCAUCUGGUCGUUUUGUCAUUGGUGGUCCUCAUGGUGAUGCUGGUCUCACAGGCCGCAAAAUCAUCAUCGAUACCUAUGGAGGUUGGGGAGCCCAUGGUGGUGGUGCUUUCUCUGGAAAGGACCCCACCAAGGUGGAUAGAAGUGGCGCCUACAUUGUCAGGCAGGCUGCCAAGAGCAUUGUUGCCAAUGGCCUUGCUCGCAGGUGCAUUGUUCAGGUCUCAUACGCCAUUGGUGUUCCUGAGCCUUUAUCAGUGUUCGUUGACACUUAUGGCACCGGAAAGAUUCCAGACAGGGAGAUCCUCAAGAUUGUGAAGGAGAACUUUGAUUUCAGGCCUGGAAUGAUUUCCAUUAACCUGGACCUCAAGAGGGGUGGCAAUGGAAGGUUUUUGAAGACCGCUGCUUACGGCCACUUUGGCAGAGAUGACCCUGACUUCACAUGGGAAGUUGUGAAGCCCCUUAAGUACGAGAAGGCUUAAGAAUAAAAUUACGCUAUGGCUUGCGGUUCAUCAAUAAUCUGCUUCUCCUUUGCAGCUGCAUUCCAACCCACGAGUGGCCCUAUUGCUUUUAUAAUGUCAUUGUGUUUCCUUUUUUUUUUUUCCUUUUUUUUUUUUUUCACUUCUUCUUUUUCCAAAAUUUUUAAUUUCCUUGGUUUUGGCCAUAUAUAAAAAAAGAAGAUAUAUGGAAUUUUGUGUCCUAAGUGAAGAAAAAGUAGAAAGAAGCUGCUCGAGUAUCCAUGUUAAGUUCUAUGCAAGAAAUGUCUGCUGUACAGCAGACUCAAUGUAGUGAUACUAUAUGUUUGUUUUGCCAUAAAUCAAUAAUAUAUAAUUCAUCCUCAUUUCUUUCUA